AUGUCCGAAGAGGACUACUUUGUUCGUGUUACCAAACUCAAGCUGGAUUACAAGGAUAAGGAUACCGGCAAGGAUGCUUCUUCAAUUGUCCACCAUUAUCAAUGGGAAAAUUGGCCGGAUCGAGGUGUUCCUCAAUCAAAGUUCACAGCAAUUCAAUAUUUGUACAUCCACCGAGUACUGUUGGCGUACUUUUUGGAGAAAUAUCGCACUCGAUUUGGGCACAUACUAGAGAAUGGAGGUGAUGAAAAAUAUCGUCAAUGGUGUGCCGAUUAUAAGCAAGCAACUGGAUGUGACUAA